UUAAACAAAACAAAAAAAAAAAAACUACAUAAAACUUUCGUUUUUCCACAACUUUCAUUUCGGUCUUUUUUUUUGGCUGUUUUAAUUUUUUUUUUAACUGCCAUUAAGUUUCCAUUCACAAGUGUCAAGUUUGUGAUAGAAGAAAAAAAAAAACAAGAAAAUAGGUGCUAACCUGAUCCAAGAGAACCCACAUCUUUGAUUUGUAUCAUGGCACUUAUGGAUACCGCCUGGCGUUGUCGCCUCAUGAUCUUUGGCAUUGUAUCAUUGCUUGUCGUCGGUGAUCUCUUUGGCUAUGGCGGCGGUGGCUAUAGUGUCCGUGGUGUUAAAUCCGAGCAUUCAGAUCAUCAUCAUCAUCAUCAUCAUCGGGUGGUGCGUGCCAGUGCCGCAGAUGGUGUGGCUCAUGGUGGUGCACCAACUGGACCGGCCUCUGGCAAGUUUCAGCAAAAGAAUGCCGAAAUCGAUAUUGGUGAAGAACACGAUUUCAAUGAAUUCUCAGCUGCAGCGGCCUUGAAACCAUUGACGGGUGGAGCAGCUAAUCUCAAGACAAGAUCCCAAUUGACGGAUACCAUCAAAGAAUCUUGCCUACCAAAAAUGCUAUGCGAAUUGGCCUCAAAGCCGGAAUAUCAACUAAGCGAAAAAGAGCGUGAGCUACUAAGAUUAAUCAGAUCACCCACAAUGCCCUGGAUGAUGAAUAUGCCGCCAAGUAAAUGGUAUUUUGCUGCUCAUAUGGGCGAACUGAUGCGUUAUACGGGCGAUAAUCUAAGCGGACCAAUGGGUUGUGCGAAUCUCUGGCCAAAUUGUCCAAUUAGCUCAAAGAAACUAAUGAAAUUGAGCUAUAAAGUGCGUGUGUAAAUCUAAAACUUAAACCCAAUAUGUUGUGAUCAUCAAGCAUAGUUUUAAGUAUUAGUUUAUUAGUUAUUUUAUCUAUUGUAUCAUAAAUGUUUUCACUAUCUCUUAGAUUUAGAAUUUUUAAAAACAAAAACCGGACAACAUUUUCUACAUGAACAAUGUGACUGAUGUAUGUGACUAUUUCUAAUAUAUAUAAUAAUGAUCAAUACAUGCAUACAUAUAUAUGUACACUAGACGAUUAUACGAUGGUUCGAUCCUAUGUAGUAAUUUAAGUGUAACUAGUCUCUAUCUCAAUUAAAUUAUAAUUUUCUUAUGUAUGUACUUAUUAUCUAAGUUUCAAUGCUCGUGUCAAAUUGUAAAUAAAUUUGUAAUUUUUUUUUUCCCCUAA